CCAAUCAACAGGUUUUGUGUACAUCCUUUUCGCCACUAAAAUGAGCCUGACAAAGCGACUUGUGCACAUUUUCCCCCGUUGCAGUUCCGCCUCCAAGAUAACUCACUCUUCGGCGGAUCGAAACUCCCAGCCGAUUUCGGAGGCUCUACUCGCGCAAGUGGACAGGAGCACCCCAAAUUUGCAGUUGCUGGAAAUUGCCUCGGGAUCGGGACAACAUGUGGGAUUCCUGGCUCCCCUGAUGCCCAACAUCAUCUUCCAGCCGACGGAGGCCCAAAGGGGUCACUUCUCAUCGAUUUGCGCCUACGCUGAGGAUUGUCCCACCAAGAAUAUUCGAGCACCCUUCUAUGUGGACAUCUCCUGGGAUCUCACGGAUUGGGAGGAGCCUCCAGAGCCGGCCAGCUACGACUAUAUGUUUAACUCCAACAUGAUGCACAUCACGCCGUGGAUCUGCUCCAUUGGACUCUUCCGGGCGGCCGGGCAGCUUCUAAAGAUGGGCGGCAAGAUGUUCACCUACGGUCCGUAUGCAGAGAACCGCAUCCUGGGGCCCAAGAGCAAUUGGGACUUUGACAUUAUGCUUCGGCAGAGAGAUCCCGACUGGGGCGUUCGCGACAUAAUCGAUCUGAAGGUUGUGGCUACCGAUAAUGGAAUGCAGCUGGAGAAGAUCACGGAGAUGCCGUCGAACAACAAGCUUCUCACCUGGCUUAAACUAUAAAAUAGUUUCUGACCUGGCUUAAACUAUAAAAUAGUGCACUAGACUAAGGCUAUUUGGCGAUUACCCCUCUCAGAUAAUGUUACGCAUAUGUAUGUUGUUUAUUUGGAGGCAAUAAAGAUUAUUGCCAUUCAUUGGA